GGCGGCGGCGGCGGCGAUGCGGCGGCCCCGCUGAGCCCGCUAGCUCCGGGCGCCUGAGGCCAGCCGCGCAAGGCGGCCCGGGCCGGGCGGCAGCAUGCGGAGCGGCGAGGAGCUGGACGGCUUCGAGGGCGAGGCCUCGAGCACCUCCAUGAUCUCGGGCGCCAGCAGUCCGUACCAGCCCACCACCGAGCCGGUGAGCCAGCGCCGCGGGCUGGCUGGCCUGCGCUGCGACCCGGACUACCUGCGCGGCGCGUUUGGCUGCCUCAAGGUCGCCCAAGUGAUUUUGGCCCUGAUCGCGUUCAUCUGCAUAGAGACCAUCAUGGAGUGCUCCCCGUGUGAAGGCCUCUACUUUUUUGAGUUUGUGAGCUGCAGUGCGUUUGUGGUGACUGGAGUCUUGCUGAUUCUGUUCAGUCUCAACCUUCACAUGAGGAUCCCCCAGAUCAACUGGAACCUGACAGAUUUGGUCAACACUGGACUCAGCACUUUCUUUUUCUUUAUUGCUUCCAUUGUACUGGCUGCUUUAAACCACAAAACCGGAGCAGAAAUUGCUGCCGUGAUAUUUGGCUUCUUGGCAACCGCGGCGCACGCGGUGAGCGCGUUCCUGGCCGCGCAGAAGUGGAGAGUCAGCCUCCGCCAGCAGAGCGCCAGUGACUACAUCCGCGCCCGCACGGAGUCCAGAGACGUGGACAGCCGGCCCGAGAUCCAGCGCCUGGACACGUGAGGACGCGCCAGAGUCCUCUUCCCUCUGCUCCUCGUGCCCGUCCUUUCAAUCAAGUUUUUCUGUCCCUCAUCACGUCAGAUUUUCAUGUGACUAAGUUGAAUUUUGUCCUCCUCGGUAAAAGUUCAUUUUGGGAAAGGGUUUUCACAGUGGCCCUCGUGGCGGGUGCCUGAGGCAGGGAGUCCCGUGCCCAGCUGUUCAGAAAGAGGUGGGCGGGACAGGUCCCCAGAUCCUCUGGUUUGGUGGCCCUGGGAGCCGCUGGCCUCACAGGCUGCCAUGUCCACUUCACUGUCCCUGAGCACAGGCUUCACGUCUGACUCUGAGCCACCUGUCAUAUGUAUUUGUGACAAGUCAGGACUUUGGAUUAAAUGGGGGCUGCUAGGAGUGGGGGGGGGGAAAUCAAGGAAUGAAGGUACAUGGUUGGAACAGUCGGUGAGCAGUGAUUCCGGGGCAGCUCCCAUAGCUGCCCCAGGUCAGCUUUAGUCUCGCUGCCAGGAUCCCCCUCUCCCCGUUGUUUUCCAUGCCCGGGGCAUCGAGACACCAGCACAAGCCUGGAAAGCCACGUGAGACACUGAGGGUCUUGGCGGUGGGUGUGCUGGCGGAGCUUUCGCUGGGUCUGGGGUUUGAGGCGGGUGGGAAAAGCUGGCAUCCUCUUGGCACAGUGCCGCGGCACUGCUGACCUGUGGGAGGGUCACCAUUUGUUUCCUACCCUGCUGAGAAAUCCCUUGAUGCUUCCUCAAAUGAAUCACCUCCCUGAAUCUCAGAUUCUCCUCCAGGAAUGUGGGGACCAUCUUUUUUCCAGUUUCCUCCCUUUCCUGAAUACUUUGAGGCUGGACUGCAGAUUCUCUGUCAUUUUACCUUCCCAGGUAAAAGCCAUGAAAGAAAUACAGUCCAUUCCCCCAGCCCGAAACCUUGCCCAUUUGCUGGCAUCAUGGACCACAGGUGGGGACACACCUCUGUUUUAGGGGUGUGCACUGAUUUUCAAAUGCCUGAGAAGAGUUCUAGAGUGAUUCUGAGUAGAUCUGUCUAGGAUUUGAAAAUACUUGAAUCUGCACCAUGACACACCCUUUCACUGAUGUUUCAGAGGAACGGUCGUCCCUGUGCCUCAGGGUCGUAACCAUGAAUGUCGAUCUUGGAAUCUGUAGGGGAAAGUUCCAGUUAUGUAAGGUUUUGAACUGAUUCUCGAUAAAGUGACGAUUAUUGUGGUGACUGAGUUAAAUGAGCCCCUACGAUGCUGUAGUUUUUUAUUUUUUUUCUGUUGGAGACUAAUUGUAUCUUUUAUGGAAAAAUUGUUUUAACGUGUCAGGUUUUCACUCUGAACUGUUUUUAAUGUUUACAAACCUCACUCUAGCUCUAAUAUUUUGUGUUUCUCCCUGACCGAGGAAAAAAAGGCUUACUGCUGGUGGGAAGAUUUUGCAUUAACGUGGAGAGUCCCCAGGAUCUUGUCCUAGUGAGUGUUUACAGCUUCAGCAGCGUGCGGUGUAACGAGAGAGAGGGUCUGGGUCUGGGGGUGGGGCGAGCAGAGCCUGUGUGAGAAGUGUCCAGCUGUGCACACACGGCAUCACGUUCUGCAGAGCAGAGCAGCGUCUGAUUUCCCUGCGCGGGUGGAUUGAUCAGGUAGCGCUGCUUGCCUGGGGAUUCCGCAGGAAACGGUACUGUGCUGUCUCUGAAGGGUCGGGGUUAGGGCUCCCUGAACUGAACAUCCCAUACAAUCCCAGUUCUGCCGCAGUUCCUUUCCAGGGCCGUGACCCAGGUCACCUGUUCAAACCCCUGGUCUGCUCAGGGGCCUUGGGCUGCAGGUGCAGACCCAGCUCAUCAGGCGGUAAUUCCCCUCCCUCUGUUCCCGCAGAGGGCAGCCAGGCCUGGUCACAGCGGGUCUGACGGAGCCCUAUUCCCGUGGAUGUUGUGAGGCUGUACAAAGCAUGCUUCACAAACUCCAUACCUAUUAUGUGUAGUGAUUUUUGAGGAGAUUAUGACAUCUGGAUUUUAUCUGUUCAUUUUAUAUAUUUAUUUUGCAUUUGUUGAGUGUAUAUGCUUAGUCAAAAUGGGGCUUCUCUCCCUUUGAGAGUUCCAUUUAAAAACAGGGUCACAAAGACUCAGCCUUGCAUUAAAUGGGGCCCACUUAGAAGGACCACCCUGAACUGUAUCAGAAACCUCCUGCUGGGACUCAUGUUACUUGGCCUCAAUAAAAAAGCCGCCUUUGAAGUGAGAUUGAAAAAUAGAAGACUGUUCAGGCAGGGUUGUUGCCCCAAUUUUCCCAAGUCACUUCAGUAAAACCAGUUUAUCAUCUGGUUGAAAGGAUCCUAUUGGCCUCCUGAGGAUGUGUUGUCAGCUGCAAGGAACGGUUCUGAAGCCCAUCGCAGUUGUAAACGCUGAUAGAUGAUAAAAAGUGGUGACACCUUGUGCCAUAGGCCACUUAGGAAUUAUUGAAUAAUUUGCAUCUUAGUGUUAGAAUCUUGGAAUUAUUUAUUCCCCUGUAACUAUUUAAUGUCCUUUGUGCCAUGAGACUCUCCCAUGGUUUUUGUAAAUAUAUUUCUUUAUAUUUAAUAAGCUCCCACUACAACCAGAAGUGGCCAGGUAUGCAAAUUGGUGUGAUGCAGAGUCAUAAGUCCUGUCACGCGUGGCAGUGUGGUGAGAAGGAAGGAAUAUGGUUGUCCAGUGUGAAUGGAAAGAUGCCUGCAUUUUCCGUAUGUUGUCUGUAUGUACAAACAAGACAAUCUAGAUUUGGGGGGCUUAAAAGGACUGUUUUUUGCAGACUGAAGGAAGCUUAUUUUUGCAUUUAAUAGUUCCAAUAUGGACCCAUGUCAGUUUGGUUUGGGGCAUUUUUGAGGCUGAGGCAAUCUUAGUGUUUCUCAGUUUUCUGGUGGGAUGAUAUUGGCUUUCAUAGUUGGUGCCAGACUUGUGUAUGUUUGAAUUUGUUCCUGGAGACUGGAUGGUUGAAACCCUCAAGCAUUUGGUGGAAACUCUGGUGGUUUUAGAUGGAUGCAAACACUGACGUCUUCAGAGAAAGUUUAUCCUGGCAUCAAUUUGGUCGAUGCGGUAUUUUUUCUUUUCUCUGAUUCUCCUUUAGCCUCCCUUCACACUGCUGAAGGCACGGGGUGGGGCGGGGGGAAGUACCUUUUCCCUUUCAUACAGGGAGAUUCUAAUCACGAGAGCCUAAAGAUACUUGUUGGCUCCAUAUAAAGCCAGGGAAAGACAAAGCCAGUUACAGAUUAAAAUCUCACAACAGAAGUUCCAUUUAAAGCAAAGAAAAUAGAUUUUCACUCUACAGCAACAGUCGUCCAAGAGAUUCCCUUUGUCCACAGAAAGGCAAGAAUGUAGUAGCCUGCCCAGUCCCAAUGGCCAUGUCUUCCAUGGCAACUUGAACCAAGAUGCCAGCGUGGAUGAAGCCCGGCCUGGCUCCAGGGAAGCCAAGGACACAGCCUGGUUCUGAGGGCUCGGCUCUGGAAGGUGGAUGCCACCCCCUGCCCUUCCGGCACCAUCACUGCCCUUUGGCUAAAGGCUCAUGCCCAUGGGCAGGCAUGGAGUGUGUCCGACCCCACCCUGUGUCGGAUGCUUCUGGAGAGAGCUUUGUGACUCAGUUGAAAACUUUCCUACUCUUUUAAAGUUUGCAGUUUCGUCUGCCUUUCUUCGAAGGUUUCUUAGUGAUUCAAUCUUGGGUUAAGCCACAUGCGGCCUCUGAGGAGAUGAAGCACUAACCCUUUUGUCUGCACGUGUAUGUGAAUUCUUGCUUGCAGCGAAUGACCCUUGAAUAUCCCCUCCCAGUUUCAUGUGUGUGUGGCCCAAGCUCACCUUUUCUUGUUGACUCGCAUGUGCUGUUUGGGAAGAAACCCACGUGUUUAAGAGGCGGACCAAGUUCCUAAUCUCGGGCUGUACAAGAUGUUCUGUGGGUCGUUCUUAGAAUCUGUCCUAACGGAUGAAUAAAGUGUGGAGACAACGUGCGGCCCCUGUAGUGAUUCUGGGAGGCCGUGACGACUGAAGUGGGUCCCGUUGUGCCAUCCAUGUUCAAAACAAAGCAACCAUGAAGUCUUUGUGCCCGUGCCAGAUUUCCAUUUUCCCCACCUCUGGUUUACAGGAAAAUAUGACGCUACACAGGUAGCAAAAGGUGAAAACACCUUCUAGGCUGCUGCCGAUUGACUGUCUCAAGUGAAAUAAAAAGUUGCUUCCUGCUCCAGCGACUGCCAUUAGCGUGUGAGGUCUCCAGACAGUUUUCUGGCUCCUAGUGAAGUUCGCAGAACUCAGGGGCUCCCUCUUAUUUCAUCAGCAACCAUUCCCAGGACCAGCUAGGUGAC